AUGCCACGCUGCAGCCUGUCUGAGAAGGUCACGUCUAGGCACAGCUUGGUAGAAUCUGAUAAUACUUUGCCAGUCAACGCCAACAACCACUUCUUAUCGCUUGAGAAGAUGCAACAGCGACGCACUCAUUGGGUUUACUUCUUUCCUAUUCAUCACGAAAGCUACAAUGCAGAUUCAGUGGAAUAUCUUAUGCCAAGUCUUGAUGACGAUAACCCUCACAAGAGCUUUUCAUGA